AUGCAAGAUUAUGGACAUGCACUCGAAACUGUGCUAGAAAUAUACUAUGAGGGAUGUCGAGAUGUCGUCCGAAUCGGUAGUGCUCCUUAUCAUGACAAAGAUGCACUUGAUGGACGUACACAUCGUCAUCCUAAACGCGACUUCCAUCAUGUUUCUGACGACACCUCCAAGUUUGGCAUGAGAUUCGACCUCAGUUCUCAAUGCUUUGAAGGCUCUUUCCAGAGAUUUGGUUUACAUCGUAUAUUGCCUAUAGCAGGGGUUUCACAAGGUGAUCCACCGGGUUCGAUUCAGUUUUCUUUGGCCAUACUGCAACUCUUGGAUGAUAUUGGUCCUCUCUCGGGUAUUCAAUUGAAUCUAUGGUACCUUGAUGACGGAGCUCUUGUUGGUUCUCGUCAUGCGGUUUGCCAGUUAUUAAACUCGGUGUUGGAGAAACGCCCUUCAUUUGGUCUCAAACUCAAUUUAGACAAAUGUGAAAUAUUUUGGCUAACAGGUGACCAAAUGUACUCAGAAAUUCCAACUGGCAUACGUCGAAUCUGUUUGAUCAAAAGUGGAGCAGAACUUCUUGGUUCUCCAAUAAUUAGGUCUGAUCUCUUUUUUGAUGAGUUUAUUAGCGAACAGUGUUCUUCUAAUGCAAAUUGUUUAGCAGCUACGGAGAGAGAUUUUAGGAUUGCUUCUUGUCUUGCUGUUGCUUUGCUUACAAAGACAGGACAUAGUCCUAGUUUAACGUGCAGACAACUUGUAGCAACUACAUUGUUAGAAGAAAAAACACGACAAAUACAAUACUACUUAGGUAGUAUCUUAUGUCUCAUAAAGUGUCAAUAUGUCAGCUGCAAACAGCGACGGUCCGACCAUGGCAAGCCGUUUGGUGCUGCUGCUACUGACGUGCCUUCUACUCGUUUCAACACUAGCACACUAGGGGGCAAUACACGAAAAGGCUACGACUCUCUGAAAAAGCGAGAUGACAGUGGCAAAUGUUUUGGAUCUUUGCAGCAACAACGAAUCAUCAACCUUGAUGACGAGACGAAUGUUGUCACCGGAUCAGACAGCGUGGGUGACGAGAUCAGGAUACAAACAGGUAUCAUGCGGUUCAAGUCUGUAGUGCAUAUCCUAUCACCUGAUGUUUGGUAUCGACGUGUAGAGCAUGAAGACGACCGCACGAGCUCGCGAAUUAAGCGAGCAGUAGAUUAUCAAGUGCCGGAGGUGACAGCCCGACAGGAUGGCGAGACGAGAAUAGUGAAAUGGGGCCUUGCGUCCGGACCGUUGGUAAUCUCCAAGUACAACAUCUACCGCACGUUCACAACUCUCGUAUCAUUUGAUGUCACUCGUUUGGAACCGAUUGCUACUGUGGCGGCGGGACCAAAUAGGCAGUGGAGAGACGACUGUCGGACGAGCGAAGCGUCGGUGCGCUAUGCGGUGACCGCAGUUGACGUCAGCACUAGAGAGCAUACAGAACACGUUGUUCCAUCACCAUUUCUGCCGUUGGUGGGAUCGUUUGAUAAUGUGGGAGACAUUAAGUAUCCGAUGCCUGAUCUUGUGCCGUGUUGCGUCGUUUGUCAUGAUAUUGCGUUUGAUUCGGAUUUGCAAGAGUUUCUGCUUGUCUAUGAUUGUGAUGGUGACGGGGACGGAUAUGGAGACGACGUGUUUGCGGUCAGACUUGAUUCUUUUGGCAGUAAUAUUGGUUCUGCACGUCGCGUUAGUGCAACAGUAACAGGAUCCACUGCUCAACAUUGUCCUUCCGUAGUCUACAAUCCUCAUUUUAAAAAUUAUAUCAUUCUCUUUCACCUCAAAGCUACAACAGUGCACUCGAACAAGUUCGUCAUCGUGACGCGAAGAGUCUCGUUCGGUUCAUUGAACAACAUCACAAAUCCCAUGGUAUCGAUAAGAGGAACAAUGCCAGCUGGAGUAGCCGCAGAUCUCGUCACCACAACCAUAAUUUACAAUCCAGUAACGUACGGCUACGUCGUCGCAUCGGAAAUGAAACUGUCAAAUCGAGUUGAAAUCUUAUCCGCCUACCUAACCGACGAGGGUAAACUCAAGUCGGGAGGCCCCGUAUUCUCAUUCUCAGUUAACGUCCUUCAGCCCGCAGUCGUUUUCGACGAAUUCAAGAAGAUGUUUGUGUUCGUAUCGCAACUGGACAAAUCGCAUCCUCAACUCUCUACGAAGAACGCUCUUCUUCAAAAGUCUUUUCCUGCAUCCGGGUAUCCCAACAAUCCUCCACAAGCGGUUGCCUUUGCUUCGACGGCAGUCGACGAAUCGUCGAUUAGUCUGCACUUUGACAAUGCCACCAGGUGCGUUCGCGUGUGCUUCUUGCACGUCAACAACAACAGGCUGACUGAACUGACUUGCACCAAGUUGUGCGCCCGCGGAGUCAAUCAGUACAAUGUGCGACCCUUGGAUGUCUCAUUCUGUACGUGCAAAAACACAGCGAUCAAUCCGCAUGUGAUCGAGUAUCCGGUCAACAGCGCAGUGUUUGGCGUUUGGGAGGAGAAAGACUCUACUCGUCAUCGAUUGCAUGGAUACUUCGUCAGUACGGUUCAUUUCCAGCAGAAUCCUCCUGCCGCCGUUCAGGAGCAUCCACGGGCUGUGUACAAAAGCAGUCACGGACAAGUGUGUGUUGUAUGGCAAUAUCAGUUAUCUGCGGAUACUUGCAGCAAACUUGGAAUCCGAUGCUUUGAAUCGGCAACAAGCUGUAACGACCAGUGUUGUUGUCAACAAAGUAGCAGUCCACAUUGUGGAGCUUGCGGGGCCUUUCUCCAAUGUGACGCGAAUGCAUUGUGUACGCAGACAAAUCAGUGCGAAUGUAGAGCAAACCUGGGAUUUGAAGGAGACGGUACAACAUGUUCGUUUGAUUCUUGUGCUGAUGAACACCACAAUUGCACCGAUUACGAAGACUGCAAACCAUCUGGGAACACUUUCACUUGCGUUUGCAAGAGGGGAUACAGAAGAGAGAACAACAAAUGCGUACUGUCGGACCCGUGUGCGCCAGGCGCGCACGACUGCCACAAAAACGCUCUAUGUCAAAUAGGACCCAAUGGAACCUAUGUUUGCAAAUGCUUCCCAAACUUUGUCGGAAACGGGAAAGUUUGCGUAGAUACAACUAAAUGUCACGAACAUGCAACUUUGAUCAACAAUAAAUGUGUUUGCAACCGAGGAUACGUCGGCAAUGGUGCAUUUUGUUGUCCAACAAAAUUUAAAGACAAGUUAGUUGUGCUGGGAAAUUCUAUUAUUCUGGACCUUGACACCGAAUGUAUUGGACCAUUUCUGCCGUACACUACAUUUCAAUGGUUCCACGACAAAUCCAGUACAGCUAUCGGCGCAAAGAAGAAGUCGAAUUAUGUGCUCCGACCAGGUAACACCUCGUUGACCAUCACAGCUAUCAGAACUAAGCAUUUGGGCGAGUACACGGUCAGAAUUGUCGUGGCCUCUAUUUCGUACGAGCUCUCUGCGAGGAUAGACCUGAGGCCAGUAACAGGAAGAUGUGGAUGUGGACACUCCGGAAAAAUAAAUGCUCGCAUAUCCGUUGGCGGAAACGAAACGAAACCGGGCGAGUUUCCGUGGCAAGUCAUGCUGUGUGGCAAUAAUGGCGUAUUUUGUGGCGGCGUCAUGAUCAGCAAGUGCUGCAUUCUGACCGCAGCCCAUUGCGUCACGGGCAGUGGGGCACAGAGCGCGUUCCAAAAUAAGACGAAAGCCUUGCAAGUCUGUCUCGGACGCAGGUGCGGAGAUUGCAACACCGGUGUCUACCCGAAAAAAGCAGAAAAGCGUGAAGAAAAGCUUCAGUGCUUUAAAGUUCAUCGCAUUCACGUUCACCAAGACUACAAUCAAGAGACCUUCGAGCACGACAUCGCACUGCUUCAACUCAAAUCGCCCAAAUGCAUCAAAUGCAAAGAUGAAAGCGCAAAACCCAUCUGUCUACCAGUAUCGUCUAGAGACUCUCACUACAUCGCAGACGGCAAAAAGGCAUGGGUUAUAGGAUGGGGAGAAAUCCAGGCAGGUCACGGCGUAGCCGGAUGUUUGAGAAAAGCCACAACUACGCUCGUACCGCGAUCACAAUGCAGGGCCCACUACGCACGCCAGCACAGGCAGGCAAACGUGACAAAAGGUAUGAUGUGCGCGGAAGACGACGUGGGACCGUGUCAGGGAGACAGCGGCGGACCUCUAAUGGUAAAAAACCGCGAUUUUGAGCACAGGUAUGUCCUCGCCGGUUUGGUCAGUUGGGGAAGUGACUGCGGCAAGGCAAAUUCGUUUGGCGUCUACACGGAGAUAACGCGUUAUCUCGACUGGAUCUAUGGCAUUUGUAGCGAUUGGAACUAGUAAAGACAUGCAGUGUGGACUGUUUCUCUCUAGACAUAGAGAUUCAUGACUUGGGACAUGCGGGAGGGGUCUGGCUACGCGAGUCUGGUUAAGGCUUAUAACGGCACUUUCGUAGUAGAACGAUGUUGUGCACAUGGACAAUAGCGAAAGCGUAACUGGUCAUUACAGAAUAACGUUUGCGUCGCA